CUACGCACCGAUAUCCGUGGCUGGCCAUGCGACGUGGUGUAUGGAUCGAGUCCUUCUCAGUUGGCCCCGGCCCCCGCGGCGCGAGGAGGGUCCAGGGCCGGCCCAAGACAUCCACGCGGACCCCCGAAGGCUCGUGUGUGUGUGUGCACGUGUUUGUUGCUCUUCCACCCUGCCGGAGGCUGGAGAAGUUCCUCGACUCUUCCCGCAGGGCCCCCCGCGCGGGCGCGGACGGCGCGGCGGCGGCCGCGAAGCAGGGGCCGCUGCCCCAGCUCGACGCCGCCUCCGUCUUUGGGCACCGGGACCCUGGCUGUGCGGCGAGGCGGCACGAGCGCCCGCAGGACCACCCGCCGCAGGCACAUCCGCCGUCUCAGCAGCAGCAGGCUCCCCUGCAGCAGCAGCCGGCCCAGUACGCCCACCAGCAACUCGGCCAGCGCCCUCUCGACCACCAGCCGCAGGCACACCCACCGCCCCAGCAGCGGCAGCAGGCUCCCCUGCAGCACCAGCCUGCCCCGCACUCCCACCAGCACCACGGGCAGCGCCCUCCCAGCGAGGGGCCGCACGCCCCUGGUGCGCGCUGUGGGCCUGCGGCGCCGGCCUUCCCUGACGGGCCGCCGCCGGGCAAUCUGCAGUCCUUGAUCCCGGGCGCGGUGGCGAAGGCGUCGCCGGGCGCAGCGCCCGCGGCCAGCGCGACGCUGGCCCUGGCGAGCGCGCCGCGGCCAGGGGCCCGGCAGGCCCUCAGGUCGUCCAGCGGCGCCAGCGACCGCAGCUACAGCAGCAGCAGCGCCCGCUCCAUCUCCGCCGGCGGCAGCCAGAAGGCCGCGUCGGGCCCGCGCCCCGAGCACGGCGCGCCCGCGCUGCAGCCCUACUACCCCGCGCACCCGGCCGCGGCGCCCGCCGCUGCAGCGCAGCAGGGCCUCGAGCCGCCCCCGGGGCACUUCGUGCAGCAGAGCCCCCCCGCCGCCGCGCCGCCCUGCGGCACCGCCCCGGCGCCGGCCGGCCACUCGCCCGUCAGCGGCCACCAGGCGGCCCGCGCGGCCGCGCCGCCGCCCUACGGCGGCCACCCGCCGCUUGGCGGCCACCAGCAGGCUUGCGGCCAUCCCCAGCAGCAGGCUCCGGCGCCGCUCGGCGCGCCACCGCCGCACGCCCCGCCGCACGGCCCGCCGCACGGCGCACCCCACGGCGUGCUGGCAUUGUCUGGCCACUGCGCGGCGCCGCCCAACGCGCCGCCGCCCGGGCCGCCCCACCACGGCGGGCCGCCAGGUCACGGCGCGCCGCGGGUCGCGCCGCUGCCGCCGGGGACGCCGCCGCCAGCCCGUCCUCCGGGACACCCGCCGCCUGGCUGGCCGGCGUACUGCGGGCACCCGCCGCCGCUCGGCUACGGCCGCCUGGACCCGCGCUAUGCCUCGCGCAGGUCGCGGAGCAGGUCCCGGCGGCGGCGGAAGGCCGCGCGGAGCGGCAGCGGCGAGCGCCCCAAGAAAGCCAAGAAGUCGAGGCCCCCGCCGCCCAAGGUCGGCAAGGACGGGGCGUGGGAGCUGUCCCAGGAGGAGAAGGGCCUGAAACUCACCAGCCGCCGCGGUCGGGUCAAGCUCCGCGACGUCUCGAGGCGGUGUUUCGCGGCCUUCCUGCCCAGCCCCAUCAACGAGGCGCGCUGCCGGGAGUUCUUCGAGAAGAUCCGGGACGGCACCGAGUGGCUGCAGCCGGAGGGCCCGCUGGGGCCGCUCCCGCGCAAGACGAGCUGGAUGGUUCGGCCCGGGUGCUCCUGCACGUACCGCUACGGCGGGGUGGAGGUGGAGCCAGCCGCGGACCCUGCCUGGAUGCACGAGCUGCUUGGCCUAUACAUGCCGUUCUGCGGCAUCACGGACCCCUCGGGGUGGCCGAACGGCUGCAACGUCAACCUCUACGAGAACGGGAGCCACGGGGUGGGGUGGCAUUCGGACGCCGAGGACCUCUUCCAGGGGAGGGUCCAGGACAUACGAAUCCUGUCGCUCUCCCUGGGCCACCUCGGAAGUUCGAUCUCAAGCUGA